AGCACGUCGCCCUACAGGAGUCAGUGCGUGAUAUCCUUCCGCGGGAGAGACGCGUGCGGCCCUUUCCCUCGCGACGACACAGGAUGCGAACGGGCGGCGGUUCUUCAAUAUCCGCGUAAAAGAAAAACACCGCGCCGUUACCGGGGAACUCCCGCCGCUUUCCGCACCGACCGAAGCUCCGUGGAAGAAAUAUAAUCUGCUGUGAGCGCAGCAAGGUAACCGAAAGUGUGCAGCUAAGGACGACGAGCAGAGCGAGUGUGAGCCGGUGGACGGAAUGGAGCUCAUCACUAUUCUAGAGAAAACCGUCUCUCCAGAUCGGAAUGAACUGGAGGCGGCACAGAAGUUUCUGGAGCAGGCGGCGGUGGAGAAUCUGCCCACGUUCCUGGUGGAGUUGUCUAAAGUGUUGGCGAACCCCGGGAACACUCAGGUGGCUCGAGUGGCUGCCGGUCUGCAGGUGAAGAACUCUCUGACUUCCAAGGACCCUGACGUGAAGACCCAGUACCAGCAGAGAUGGCUGGCCAUCGACGCCAACGCUCGCCGCGAGAUCAAGAACUAUGUUUUACAGACUCUGGGCACGGAGACGUACCGGCCCAGCUCGGCCUCGCAGUGCGUCGCCGGCAUCGCCUGCGCCGAGAUCCCCGUCAACCAGUGGCCUGAGCUGAUCCCCCAGCUGGUGGCCAACGUCACGGACCCCUCCAGCACGGAGCACAUGAAGGAGUCCACGCUGGAGGCAAUCGGCUACAUCUGCCAAGACAUUGACCCGGAGCAGCUGCAGGAGAACGCCAAUCAGAUCCUUACGGCCAUCAUCCAGGGCAUGAGGAAGGAGGAGCCCAGCAACAACGUGAAGCUGGCUGCCACCAACGCGCUGCUCAACUCGCUGGAGUUUACCAAGGCCAACUUUGACAAGGAGACGGAGAGACACUUCAUCAUGCAAGUGGUGUGCGAGGCGACGCAGUGUCCCGACACCAGGGUGCGUGUGGCAGCCUUACAGAACCUGGUGAAGAUCAUGUCUCUGUACUACCAGUACAUGGAGACCUACAUGGGCCCGGCUCUGUUCGCGAUCACCAUCGAGGCGAUGAAGAGCGAUAUUGAUGAAGUGGCCUUACAGGGCAUCGAGUUCUGGUCCAACGUGUGUGACGAGGAGAUGGAUCUGGCCAUCGAGGCCUCAGAGGCCUCGGAGCAGGGACGCCCUCCAGAGCACACCAGUAAAUUCUAUGCUAAAGGGGCCCUGCAGUACCUGGUCCCCAUCCUGACCCAGACCCUCACCAAACAAGACGAGAACGACGACGAUGACGACUGGAACCCCUGCAAGGCGGCAGGUGUGUGUCUGAUGCUGCUGGCCACCUGCUGUGAGGACGACGUGGUUCCUCACGUGCUGCCUUUCAUCAAAGAACACAUCAAACACCCCGACUGGCGCUACAGAGACGCCUCCGUCAUGGCCUUUGGGUCCAUCCUGGAAGGACCUGAACUCAACCAGCUCAAACCCCUGGUCAUACAGGCGAUGCCCACCCUGAUCGAGCUGAUGAAGGACCCCAGCGUGGUGGUCAGAGACACCACGGCCUGGACGGUGGGGCGGAUCUGUGAGCUGCUGCCCGAGGCAGCCAUCAACGAGGUGUACCUGGCGCCCCUGCUGCAGUGCCUGAUCGAGGGCCUGGGGGCGGAGCCACGGGUGGCUUCCAACGUCUGCUGGGCCUUCUCGUCUUUGGCUGAAGCAGCCUACGAGGCAACGGAUGCUGCAGAGGACCAGGAGGAGCCGGCCACCUACUGCCUGUCCUCGUCCUUUGAGAUCAUCGUACAGAAGCUCCUGGAGACCACAGACAGACCCGACGGGCACCAGAACAACCUGCGCUCUGCGGCCUACGAGGCUCUGAUGGAGAUCGUGAAGAACAGCGCUAAGGACUGUUACCCCGCCGUGCAGAAGACCACUCUGGUCAUUAUGGAGCGGCUGCAGCAGGUCCUUCAGAUGGAGUCUCACAUCCAGAGCACUUCUGACCGAAUCCAGUUCAACGACCUGCAGUCGCUGCUGUGUGCCACUCUGCAGAACGUCCUGCGUAAAGUGCAGCAUCAGGACGCCCUUCAGAUCUCAGACGUGGUGAUGGCGUCGUUACUGAGGAUGUUCCAGAGCACCGCCGGCUCCGGGGGGGUCCAGGAGGACGCUCUGAUGGCCGUGUCCACUCUGGUGGAAGUUCUGGGCAGUGACUUCCAGAAAUACAUGGACGCCUUCAAGCCGUUCCUGGGCAUCGGAUUGAAGAACUACGCCGAGUAUCAGGUGUGUCUGGCAGCUGUGGGUCUGGUGUGUGACCUGUGCAGAGCUCUGAUGUCCAACAUUCUGCCUUACUGUGACGAGAUGAUGCAGCUGCUGCUGGAGAACCUCGGGAAUGAGAACGUCCAUCGCUCCGUUAAGCCUCAGAUCCUCUCGGCCUUCGGAGACAUUGCCUUGGCCAUCGGGGGGGAGUUCAAGAAGUACCUGGACAUCGUCCUGGACACGCUGCAGCAGGCCUCCCAGGCCCAGGUGGACAAGACGGACUACGACAUGGUGGACUACCUGAACGAGCUGAGGGAGGGCUGCCUGGAGGCCUACACCGGCAUCAUCCAGGGCCUGAAGGGGGACCAGGAGAACGUGCACCCCGACGUGAUGCUGGUGCAGCCGCGGGUGGAGUUCAUCCUCUCCUUCAUCCACCACAUAGCCGAGGACGAAGACCACUCUGACGGAGUGGUGGCAAAUGCCGCCGGGCUCAUUGGCGACCUGUGCACGGCCUUCGGUAAAGACGUGAUGAAGCUGGUGGAGGUCCGUCCGCUCAUCAACGACCUGCUGACGGAGGGGCGGCGCUCCAAAACCACCAAGACCAAGACGCUGGCCACCUGGGCCACCAAGGAGCUGCGUAAGCUCAAGAGCCAGGCCUGAUUGUUGCGGCUGGGGACCAGAGGUUUGAAAGACACGAGGACAAGGACAACCUGCCCCACUGCUGGAUUUAGGUCUUCUGUCUUUGAUCCGCUCAAAGCAGAAGCGACAUGAGACGAGUGUGAGAGUGAGAGACAAUGACACCACGCCACCUUCAGUUUGAGCAGGCGGCAACACCCCCCCUCCCCCCCAUAUUCACACAAACACAGCCCCCUCCCUCCUAGACGCCUUGUGGACUGGACUCUUGACUGCCCCAACCCCCUCCUCCUGUAAACCUCCCACAAUCCACUGUCGCUGUAGUCGGGCUCUCCUGUGACAUCACGAUGACGUCACAGCUCCACCCCCCCUCUGGGUGGGGGGUGGGGGGCGGCAGUUACAACCACGACAAGAAAAGGACAAACUGAGCGGACGUCUGUGGAAACCUUUAGAUUUGUGUUGCUCUUAUUUUUUCUUCUUCCUGCGAGCACUGAGGUGACGGAGAAGCCUCCACCCGCUGUGCUCGGCGCUCUUAUCCAAAAAAACAACAGCACUAAAAGUCCUACGAAGUAAAAGUGCCAAAAGGAGACUCUGAGGAGUGGAAAUGAGCUGCUAGUUUUCAUUUCCCUGAUGCACUUGUUUUGGGGGAAAAGGGUCACCACCAUUUUUGCUUGUUUGAAAAGAAAAAAAUUCAAGAAUCGAAGACGUUUGUAUAAGGUUAUAUUUUUCCAUUGCUACGAUGAAAAUAAAGUGAAGAAAAAGACAUUAAAAUGAUCUAAAACAUUCCCAAAGCAGUUCUGGUGAUUUGGGUCUUUGUUUACGCCACAAACAACCCGUCGUCGUUGUUGAACUCACCUGGUGGUUUGCGUGGUAGCGGCGCCUCGUCUCAGCUUCGCCCUCCGUCUGGGGACCAUGAACCAAGUUGUCAUCCAGCUGCAGAGCUUCACCUGGUGGAGCAGAGCUUCACCUGGUGGAGCCGGGUCUCAGGAGGAGGGACUUCUUGUGUUGACUUGAUGGACACUUGAUUACUGAAUUGUGAAUCGUUUAAAGUCAAUCUGCUUUUUAUUUCAACUUAGUGAACUAAUAAAGUCUAUAUUGUACUGAA